UACAGGAACGAGGAGCUGGGGCCUGUGGAGGCCGUAUUCGUGUUCCCCGAGGCGGCCAUCUAUGCCUUCCAGGCCCGCCUGGGGGGCGCCUGCAUCGAGGCCCAGCUCCACGAGAAGAAAGAGGCUCCCUGAUGGGUGACCCGGCCAUGAUGGUGACCCUGCUGCCCAGCCUGCCCGAGGCUAUACCAGGCCAGAGCUUGGCCGGGGAGUUCAUCUUCCUACUGGACCGCUCCGGCAGCAUGGGGUGCCCCAUGGACGGCCGAGACCACUCCCCCCAGAGCAUCGACAGUGCCAAGGAGACCCUGGUCCUGCUGUUGAAGAGUUUGCUCCUGGGCUGUUAUUUCAACAUCUACAGCUUUGGGUCUCGGUUCGAGUCCUUCUGCCGGCAGAGCGUGGGAUACACCCAACAGACCAUGGCCAAGUCCCUGCAGCGCGUCAGGCAGCUCCAGGCCGACCUGGGGGGCACCGAGAUCUUGGCACCGCUACGAUCCAUUUACCGCAGCCCCUGCCGAGACGGGCACCCACGCCAGCUGUUUGUGUUCACGGACGGGGAGGUGGGGAACACCCAGGACGUCAUCGCUGAGGUGCAGCGUCACUGGCGGGCCCACAGGUGCUUCUCCUUUGGAAUCGGGGAAAGGGCCUCCACGGCUCUGGUCAAAGGCAUCGCCCGGGCAGCAGGGGGCAGCGCCGAGUUCAUCACAGGCCAGGACCGCAUGCAGCCCAAGGCGCUGCAGUCUCUGAAGCGGGCCCUGCAGCCGGCCGUGACUGGGAUCUCGCUGAGCUGGGAUCUGCCCCCUGGGAUGGAGGCGGCGCUGCUGGGCCGGGGCCCUGAGGUGAUCUUGCCUGGGCAGCGGUGCCUCAUCUACGCCCAGCUCCGCAGGCAGCCCCAGCCCCCAGACACUGCCAUGGGGGGCGUCACCCUGCAGUACCGCAUCCAUGACCAGACCUACAAGGAGAUGCUGCAGUUCCCCCUGCAGCCACAGGAUGCAGACAGGCUGCCCAUUCACCGGCUGGCAGCCAAGUCACUGCUGCUGGAGCUGGAGGGGGCCGUGGACACCAGGUCGGAGGGGGACCGGUGCUGGGUGCUGGAGACCAGCCUGAGCUUGGGGGUCGUCUGCUCCCUCACGGCCUACGUGGGGGUGGACACGGAGCGGGGGCAGCCGGUGCAGGGGCCGCUGGUGAGACGGGACAUCCUGCUGAGAGGCUUCGGGGCCGCACCGCACAUGGCCAUGUGCUGUUCCGCCUCUGUGCCCAUGGACGAGCUCCUAGAGACCGCCUGUGUGUCCAUGGGCUUCGCCGCGGACUGCGACUUUGAGGACUUCUCGGCUGUGUCAGAGCGGGCACCGGAGGAGUCUCCCCUGCUGAGGCUGGUGUCUUUGCAGAAUGCCGACGGCUUUUGGGACCUGGACCCCCGCCUGGCCGCUGCGCUGGGGGUGAGCGAGACCGACGCCAGGGGGAGGAUGCCCAGUAAGGACGUGGCCCCCGGCGUCUGGGCCACAGUGCUGGCCGUGGUCUGGCUGCACGGCUGGGCCGCGGGGCAGCGUGACGAGUGGGAGCUGCUGGAGGCCAAGGCUGUGGGCUGGGGCCCCGGCUCAGCGAAUGCCUGGAAGCUGCCAACACCCUGCUGGGCUGCAGCGUUGGCCCUGCUGUCUUCAAGCUCUGAACCCCCCAGAUCCCUGUACCCCCCCCCUCGCAAGCUACCCUGGGCCUCCAACCCAGCUGAGGCCCCCUGAUACCCAUACCUCCCCUCCAAGCUAUCCUGGGCUUCCAGCCCCGCUGAGCCCCCCCGCAGGGAUCCUAAAUUAAGAGCAGCCAGUUGGUUUGUGUAAGUUUAACGAAAACAGUUUAAAUUGACCCUGUAACUUACAGCGGAGGAAGGUCGUUGUGCAGACAGGCCCUUGGUGCUGCGGGCGGAGACUGUCUCUGCCAGCCCCUCGCUGGAAUAAAGCAGUUCCACAGGUUUGUCUGCCUGGCUUUGUCUGGGGUCCCGGGGCACCACGCUUCCCUCAGCUGCCCAGGGCACUGGGUUCCCAGCAGGGUUAGGGACCGCCUACCCUGAACAGGUGGAUUAGCUCCCAGCUCCGGCUUUCUGGUGGGGCGGCUGGACCCAGACACUGGGGCGGCUGGCUGGGGCCGGGAGGAGCCCCGGAGAGCGGGGAGCACAUGGGGUGCAGGGGGCAGACACGGGGCAUGGACCCAGGGCGGGGUUUAGCAGGACGUUUUAGCUCUGGGUCUGUGUGGGUCCCUGACACCCCCUCACUGGUCUCUGCUCCACCAGGAGAAUGAGCUGCCAAGCCCAGAAAAACUUUCCCUUCUCGGACGCUGUUGGGACACGUGAUUCCCAUUCAGAUACCUGGGAACCGGGUGUCCAGCCCCCCAGCAGCUCGGGAACCUCCUGCCCUGCCUGGAGCGAGGAACCAGCGGCGUUGUAAUGGGACA